AUGUUAGAACGUCUGAACGUGCAAUUCAAUACCAAACCUGCUCACAAAUUGGAUCGCUUUGACACAAAAGCAUCGAACUAUUUUCCCUUGUCGAAUUCUUCCGAAAGCAUGGCUCCGGCCUCAUACAAAGAACACUCACAAACACCCAAAGCCGGAUCUCGGCCUCUGAAGGGACACUUUCCGGACCACAAGGCUUUGGAGGAUCAGUUGCCCCCCAACACUGGCCCUGCGGGUACUGUUGACACUAAUGGGGGUGGGAUCUUAUCUAGUACCAGUAAGAACUUGAGCCAUGUUCCUUGCAAGUUCUUUAAACAAGGCAUUUGUCAAGCUGGGAAAUCUUGCCCUUUCAGCCACGACCUUGAUAGCUCAACCGGGGCCGAUAAACUUCCUUGUAAGUAUUUCCAAAAGGGAAACUGUAAAUUCGGAUUGAAGUGUGCGUUGGCGCAUUAUCUCCCUGACGGAACUCGAGUUAACAACAAAAGCUUGCUGACUUAUCGUAGAAACAAUGAUCGGUCUGAAAGAAAUAAGGCCCAUCAAGCCACGAUGCCUUCCCCUUCGUCUUCAACUUCCAAUCAAGUUCAUGAUGGAUCAUCGUAUUACUAUAAGCCAACUCAAAACUCUUACAGUUCUUCUGAUCUUGCAGAUUUCAUGGACAAUACCCCUGACUCUGCGGGAACAAAUACAUACCCUAUGCACGGAGAUUCGACAACCACCUCGUUCUCGAUGCCAAUCACGCCCCUGACGCAGUCUCGCUACAAUCUAUUCGUCUCCACAAACACUACAUCCCAGUUACAAGACGCAUUUGGAAGUGGAGACUGGCUGGGUCAUCCUUCGUUCAAUUUUUCGUCAAAUUUGUUUUCAGCAAGCAAUAGUAAUAUUGCACUGGCAGGCGGUGCGUUUUACACGGGUAUGAAUACCUCACCUUCAAAUUCUUAUCAAAUUCCACUGGUGGGAAAUUCCCGUGGUUUUCAAGACGCAAGAAAUCCUUCCAGCGCUGUUAGCUUGCCAUCGUUCGGUCUGAACUAUCAGCGGAAGAACUCCAGCUCGUCGUCGUCCCCUACAUAUGUCUACAACCAAUUCGUGCCAGAAGAAGCAGUUGUCAAUGACGAGGCCGAAGGAAAAGGAGAAGAAGAGCCAUUUUUCGAGGAUUAUGUCCCGGCAUCUUUAGGAAACUUGAUUUUGACUCCCCAAGAACAACAACGCCGCACCUCGAGGUCGCAGUCAGGAACUUUGUUGGUUCGUCCAACCAUCACCAAGCCGACCUCCAACGACCUCAACAGUGAAAAAUGUUGGGCACAACAAUUAGCCCCGAAGCCCGACGACAGCGUCUUUCUUAUGGAAUAA